CGAGGGCUGGGAGUGCGGAAGCGAGCUGACGUAGCCGGAAGAGGAAGUCUCAGUGUGUUGUGGCUGUGUUGUGGCAGCUGCCCUACGCUGCGGGCCGAGGGGAUAGGACCCCCAACCCGGGAAGGAUGGUGUGUGAAAAGUGUGAAAAGAAACUUGGUCGAGUUAUCACUCCAGACACAUGGAAAGACGGUGCCCGGAACACCACAGAGAGUGGUGGGAGGAAGUUGAACGAAAAUAAAGCUUUGACUUCAAAAAAAGCAAGGUUUGAUCCAUAUGGAAAAAAUAAGUUCUCCACUUGCAGAAUUUGUAAAAGUUCUGUACACCAGCCAGGUUCUCAUUACUGUCAAGGCUGUGCCUACAAAAAAGGCAUCUGUGCAAUGUGUGGCAAAAAGGUUUUGGAUACUAAAAAUUACAAACAGACUUCUGUCUAGAUAUGCUGAUGAAGAUUCUGACUCUCUAUGAUUAUACUUUGUGCUUCAACUUUUCAAAGCAUAACAUGGAUGUCCAUCUUACAAAAUAACCUGUUUGAAGAUGAAUGAUUCAGUCUGAAGCAGGGAAGUUGAUCAGUAUUGAUUUGUCCACUCUCACAAAGUUCUGAACAGUGCUGUGCACUGAUAUGACCAGUUUCCUGCCUUAGGUGGUUAUUGUUCUUGUAAGCAUUUUACUGAACUAGAUAAGAGACAAAGUUAAUGAAUAAGGUGUUCCCAACUUCUGUACACACUGUCUACUCAACACUAUCCAUGUAAUGAAAAGGUGUUCCUGACUUCUGUACGCACUGUCUACUCAACUUUAUCCAUAUAAUUCUUAUCCAGUCCAUGCAUUUUAUUUGUAGAUAUUGCAAAUGUGAAAUUACUGAUCCUUUGCUCUGACCUUGACAUCCAAACUUCAGAUUUCUCACUUAUUCACAAACGUCACAGGUCUUAGAAUGAGCAGCACCUUAGUUAAGUGCAUUUUCAUGAGGUAUAAAUGUUUGAGACCAUUAUUGCAGAAUGGUUCCUUAGUGACUAGUCCUGCCACAAGUCUAAGACUUUGCAUUUUUUAUUUAAAUUUGCUGUCAAUGCUAAAGUUUAGUUCCUUUCACAUGUGAUUGAGAGCUAUGGGGCCCAACUGUCCAUCCAGGUAAGCACUGAAGUUGAGAGACAUGCAUUCUAUCAGCAUUAUCUCAAACUCAAAUGAGGAUAAAUUUCUUCUAUUUUGGAAUGUUCUUUGAAGCAGGAAACAAAUCUUUCCUUAACAUCCCUCCCCUCCUGCCACUCCCUCAGAAAUAAAGCAAGCACCCUGGCCUUCCUGUGUCUUCACUGUAAACUGCUAGGAGACUGUUUUUGAGGUUUCAAAUGAAAGUUUUUCUUGUUGCCUUCUUAGGGUUGGACGUUCCACCUUUAAAACCCUCAGCCUACCCAGAGACCAAAAGCGUAUUCUCUGUUUCCAUCUGCAGGAUCUUAAAUAUACAUCACUGUAAUAUAAGAUAAUAAACAAUGAAAAACA